UGAGCCUCUUCCGUUGUGACGGCGUCGCUUCCUGCGUGGAGGUGGCGGGCAAUUUCAAAGGCGGAAGAAGGACGAGAGGAAGGCGGCGAUGGCGGGAGGAGGCCGCGGCCUCCAGAGGCGGGCUCGCUCCGCAGGAGAGGCCCGGGCAGGUGCCGUUUCCUUUCCUCCGAGGCGAAGGUCUGAACGGACGGCUUCUUCCACGGCUGCGUCUUCAUCUCCAAAGAAGACAUGUUUGAGGCCCAGCAGGGCGGACAUCAGUCCGCCUCCUGCGCCGCUCAAGGUGAAGAAACCCAUCAUUGCUCUGAAGAAAAUUAGGCCACAAUCGAACCGGCAGGUAAAAGAGGCCGCCAUCACACCCCGACGGAGUCCAAGGGUCCCUUUACAAGAAGAGAAGGAGAACGUCCCAGAGGCUGGGAGCCCGCCUGCAAAAGAGGUUGCCAAGGCGGAUUGCACGGAUAAGAAGGUCCUGUCACCGGUUGACGGCAAUAAUGCCGACGGGGCUGACGAGCGGGACGAGGCCAUGGCCAAGCGAGUGCGGCGCUCCUACAGCCGCCUGGAGCUCAGCUUCGUGGGGAAGGAAGGCAAUGCCACCUUCUCCUCCACCCCAGACACCCGCAAGCGGCAGACCCUCUUCGGCUUUGACCGGCUCCUGAUGGAGGAUGGAGCGGAAGCGGAAGCAUCGCCCGCAAACGCCAUAAACACUGGGAAAUGGGCCGAAGCCACGUUGGAGCUCGACACGGACCUCCCGGGCAUCGCGGGGGAGAAGCAGAAGCGCCGGAGGAGGAAGGUGCCCCAGUUCCAGGAAUCGGAGCUGGACGAAUGGAUGGCCCAGAUGAACGCCGAGUUUGAGGAAGCGGAGAAAUUCAAUCUCUUGGUGGAAUGAAGCCUUUUGUGUUGAAAAGCUCAAUGCCCAACCCUUUACUGACAAAUGAGAGACAUUCCGCUCUUCACCUCGAAACUGAAUGCCUUGUACAUUGCGGUGUAUAUUUGCUGUGCAGCUUGAGGCUUGCAUUCCCCGUUUAUGCAUAGCUAGAAUGUUAAUUUUUCUACUUAAUUCGUAGAUAAAACCUGAGGUUUCGUUACAAGGUGUGUUUGUGUAUAUAAUGUUUCCUCCCUCCCCAAAAGCUUAUAAACCUUUUACGAUGUUGGUUGACUUAUCUAGAGAGCGAGAUUUCCCUACUUGUGUGGCAUCAAUGUGUUAAAACCUGGCCUGCUUUUCAGUGUUUUUUUGCAAAACACAUUGCUGAUUCAGAUUAAAACUUAACUCCCCAAAAUGACAAAACAAAGUGAGGUUAUUUUCAUUGCUUUUCUGUGUUUCACUGGGGCACGAAUCACCAUGAAUUAAAUAACAAUUCUGUGAAGAACGGA